AUGGAUGUUGAGGAAUUCCGUGUCCGCGGGAAGGAAAUGGUAGAUUACAUCUGCACGUAUAUGACAACCCUGAAAGCGCGAAGGGUGAUUCCCUCCGUAGAACCGGGCUACCUUCGAGCAGCUCUACCAGCCGAGGCUCCAUAUCUCCCAGAAGCAUGGGACGACGUGAUGAAUGAUGUGGAGAACAAAAUCAUGCCAGGAGUAACACACUGGCAACACCCACGCUUCCAUGCUUACUUCCCGUCCGGUAACGGCUACCCAUCCAUCCUCGGUGACAUGCUGUCUGCUGGAAUUGGAUGCAUCGGCUUUUCUUGGGCUGCAAGUCCUGCUUGUACAGAACUGGAAAUUAUCAUGCUGGAUUGGAUGGGAAAAGCAAUUGGCUUACCACCAAGUUUCUUAGCUCUUGAAGAAGGCAGCAAAGGCGGUGGCGUAAUUGAGGGAUCAGCGAGCGAAUGUGUGCUUGUAUCUAUGUUAGCAGCGCGAGCCAACGGCAUUAAGCGAUUAAAACAUCAAUUUCCCAACGUCGAUGAAGGCCUUUUACUGACCAAACUGAUCGCAUACUGUUCAAAAGAAUCACAUUCCUGCGUCGAAAAAGCGGCAAUGAUCUGUUUCGUCAAACUUCGUAUUUUACAACCCGAUGAUAACGGGUCUCUUAGGGGUGACACUUUGAAAGAAGCAAUGGAAGAGGACGAAGAAGCCGGUCGAGUCCCGUUUUUUGUAUCAAUAACUCUAGGGACGACAUCAUGUUGCUCCUUUGACAAUCUGCCGGAGAUAGGACCUGUUGUGCGAAAAUUCCCAUGUGUGUGGCUCCACGUUGACGCUGCGUAUGCUGGCAGCUCGUUCCUGUGCCCAGAGCAUAAACAUCACCUUGCUGGGAUUGAGUAUGCUGAUUCAUUCAAUACGAACCCCAAUAAACUCAUGCUGACGAGCUUCGACUGUUCUCUUCUGUGGGUUACAAACCGAUAUUUGUUGACGUCAGCGCUCGUUGUCGACCCACUUUACUUACAACAUUGCUAUGACCAUACAGCCAUUGAUUAUAGGCACUGGGGUGUGCCGUUGAGCCGACGCUUCCGAUCGCUCAAGCUGUGGUUUAUGUUGCGAAGCUAUGGAAUCAGCGGUUUACAGAAAUAUGUGCGACGACAUUGUGAACUUGCAAAAUAUUUCGAACAACUAGUAAAAAAAGAUGAUCGAUUCAAAGUCUGCAAUCAAGUUAGGCUGGGAUUGGUCUGUUUCUGUCUCGUUGGCAGCCCUGACGACCCAAUUGAGCAAAUAGACGAACUCAAUAAGAAGUUAUUGACUAAUAUCAACGCUUCCGGAAAACUGCAUAUGGUUCCGGCCUCUGUCAGCGAUCGCUUCGUGAUUCGCUUUUGCGUUGUGCAGCAACAUGCCACUCGAGAGGAUAUUGAAAUUGCAUGGGAUAUAAUAACAGACUUUGCAACGGAACUUAUUGAAGGACCAGAUAAGGAACGGGACUUGAACGAAGAACGCACACGGCGCCACCGCGCGGCUCUGGCACACAAGCGUUCGUUCUUCGUACGCAUGGUGAGCGACCCAAAGAUCUACAAUCCAGCUAUCAACAAGACCCCACCACCCGUGGCCAACACACCCGGCUCCCCACCACCCUCUGCCGCGGCACCAUUGUCACCAGAUACGCCAUCUGAAGCUGACACCAAAUUCCCACCAUCUACACCAAAACAAUCCUCUUGGAUCAGCUGGCCGCUAGGAUUUUUCUUCCAGAGCGUGGAUAAUGACGCAAACGACUUGCCGAUAAGGUUCCGGCACUUAGACACAAUGGUGCGGCUGAAGAGUCCCGCAACAAGCCGCCGCGGCUCCACCCCGUGCGCUUCACCAGAACACCGCGCCUCCUCGCCAUCCUACCAUUGA